UACGUGAAGAAGGUGAUUUUAUCGACCAGCUGGCCCAUCUUUCAUUUUAUGAUGAGAAUAAUCCGGUGCGGGAAUGGAUGGAAUAUGGUCGAUCUAACCGCGCUCCAGUUCUGGACGAGGAUGAUGAUGACGGAGACGUCCCUCUCCCGUCUCAUAUUGUCAGGGAUCAAAUAAACCUCUCAGAUCUACGUGACACUACGGGGGAUGCUUGCAUCAGCGAUUGGGCACGUAGACAUGUGGGUGACACUCACCUAGGGAAGAGGAAAUUCCAGAGGGGGCAUACGAAGGGUGACUCGAAGCGUCAAAAACAAAAAGGAAAAGCAACAGCAAAAUCAGUGAACAGCGACACGUCCACAGAUGAUGGCGAUGGUGAGCGUAGUCCACCGUAUCAAGAGACUGGGGAUAGCAGCUCCGCUGGUGAUGGUGACGGUAGUGACGGUGCAGAUGCUGCUGCUGGUGGUGGUGGUGGUGGUAGUGGUGGUGGUAUUCCCAUUCGUUUCACAGGGGAGACUCAGUUCACACAUGCUACACAGGACCCCGAUCAUGGAGCACCGGAAUCGCCGAGGAGAACGGUUGGACCGACGGACAACGAUACUCCACAGUACUCUUCUUCCUCCUAUAGCGAUUCUAGGCACUCUUUUCACUAUCCCAUACCUGACAUCAGCAUGGAGCCACAGACGAGAUGGGUGUACGAAUGGGAAGACCCCCAUUUUUACACUAUGUUAGUUCAGGAAUGGGAGACAACAUCGGCGUGGACAGGGCAAUCUUGGCAAGACUACAAGGCUGAACUGCUUAGAGUGCGAGGUUUGAAUGUGAUGUCCAUCGCCGAAUACCAAAUGGCGUCCAGAAUGGGGGUCUUCCCAUUCUUACGUUGAACUAUUAUUAAUGUGUAUCAGUGACUACUGUAUUUGUAGGCACGAUUAGGACUAUGGUAUUUGUAUGCACGCGCAUUAAUAUUGUAUAUCUCUGCAUAAUUAUAAAUUGUUACUUUGGUGUGGUAUUUUA